AUGGCGAGCGCAAAUGAUUCCGGCGUGGAAGCCUUACGGCGCCUGAAAGAAGUAGAACCACCUUCAUUGCUUGUGCCGAAUCCAACGGUAUCGGAAACUGCUCGUGCUGCAUCGAAAUACCUAUUCUCCUCCCUCAGACCCUUCUCCCCAAAAUCGCCACUGGACCAACUUCUCGUCGACGGCUACGAUGCUGAGCAGAUUUGGCAUCAAAUUGAUCUCCAGUCACAGCCGCUGUUAUCCACUCUUCGCCGCCGGUUGAAUCAGCUGGUAAAAAACCAUGAAGAAAUUGCGCCGCUGAAGGUUUCUUCGGAUGUUGCUAACAAGGCGGAGCCAAAGGAUCAAAACAAGUGGGGAGAGGAAGGGGACGGUUUUGAUGAGGAAUUGGAUGAAGCUGACGAAGACGAGGAUGAAUUUGAAGGAUUAGAAGAGGAGAAGGAAGAAGGAGAAACUGAAUCAGAAGGAGAAGACGAGGAUGGUGAAGAGGAGAAAGGUGAAGGUGGUGGCAUUGAAGAUAAAUUUCUGAAAAUAGAUGAAUUGAAUGAUUAUUUACGGAAAGAGGAAGAUAAGUACGAGAAGGGUGAGGAGGGAGAUCAAGACAGUGAAGAUGAUGAUUACCUUGAUAAGGCCGGUGAGUUUGAGUUUGACGAGGACGAGGACGAGGAUGAUGAUGAUGAUGAUGAAGAAGAUGAAGAAGCCGAAGGCAGAGGAUAUGAAAGGUAUGAAGACUUCUUUGGAGGUAAAAAAGAAAAGGGCUCAAAAAGGAAAGACCAAUUGUUUGAGAAAACUAAAGAUUUUGAUGUUAAAGAUGACAUGGAAUCUGACAAACAGAAGAUAAGGACCGCUUCUACCCAUGAAAAGCAGCUGGAAAAAAUUCAAUCAAACAUAAAGCUGAUGGAGAAAGCUAACAUAGAGCCAAAAACUUGGACUAUGAUGGGCGAGGUAACUGCUGCAAAGAGACCCUUGAAUAGUGCUUUGGAAGUUGAUAUUGACUUUCAGCAUAAUGUGAGACCUCCUCCUGUAAUGACUGAGGAAAUUAAUUCUUCAAUUGAGGAAAUGAUCAAGAAAAGGAUUAUUGAGGGGAGAUUUGAUGAUGUCCAAAGAGCUUCUAAAUUGCCCUCGAAAGCGCCUCGGGAAGUUAAAGAAUUGGAUGAUAAUAAAAGCAAGCAGGGUCUUGCAGAGAUUUAUGAGCAAGAAUAUGUUCAGAAGAUUGACCCCACUUCUGCUCCAUUGUCAGCUAGAGAUAAACUAAAAAAUGAGGCUAGCAUCCUGUUUAAGAAGAUCUGUUUAAAACUGGACGCCCUUUCUCAUUUCAACUUUGCUCCAAAACCGGUUAUAGAGGACAUGUGCUUUCAAACGAAUGUACCUGCUCUGGCAAUGGAAGAAAUUGCUCCUGUAGCUGUUUCAGAUGCUGCUAUGCUGGCCCCUGAGGAGGUUUUUGAUGGUAAGGGUGAUCUUAAAGAAGAAGCAGAACUUACACAGGCAGAAAGGAAAAGGAGGAGAGCUAAUAAGAAAAGAAAAUUUAAAGCUGAGGCAGUAAAAAGGUCAGAAAAGAAGGCAAAGUCAGAAAAGAAGGCAGACGAUGCAAUUUCUGGACAAGUUAAUGGUAGUUUCUGUAUAUACCCUUUCUUAUUGAACAUAAGAAACGCCGCAUUAAUCUCAUUCUGUUAA